AUGGCCUUCAGCUUUGGCAACUCAGGCGCUGCCAUGACAGGUAGCGCCGGCGGGGCAGGAGGACUGGUCGAAGGAGAGCCACUCGAGCUCAUUCAGACAGAGGUAGGCUUCGGUCGAUUUCUCGCCGAUGUCAUCGUGUUCCUUGAGCUAAUUGAUGACCAGGGUCUCGGCUUUCUGUCCCUCGCGGGAGACGCAAAAGUCCAGCUGACUUCGAAAUGGACCGACCUCCCUGCACCAACCGCAUCCCUCAUCUCCAUUGCAUCGCGGAAAGGCCUUGUGGCCGCAGCCGGCCCAGAUGCCGUUCACGUUGCUACGACCGAGUCUGUGCGCAAGGCAUUUGAGAGCCCGAAGGAAGGCGACUCAGAGGUUCGCCAGCUUCAGCCACAAGUCAAGCUCCCAUUGCCCAUGCGGCUGUCGCAAGUCGCCUUUUCGGCCGAUGAACAAUAUCUCAUACUCUCCGCCGAGACCGGUGGGGGUCUGGCCGUCUACAAUGUCGAUUCACUAUCUGGUGGCUCGACCCAACCGGCCUUUGAGCUCUCUACGAAUGGCGAGACGCUACGAGCCCUCGCCCCGAACCCAAUGCCCAAGACUUCCGACCUGUGCGCGAUUGUGACGAACAAUGGUAAUCUGUUGAUGGUUCACCUUGGCGAGCGCAAAGAAUCUGCGCUCAAGAGCCAAGUCAGCUGUGUCACUUGGAGCAACAAGGGUACUCAAAUCGUGGCCGGUAUGGCAGACGGCACUGUGGUACAAAUGAAGCCGGACGGCCAGGAGCAAGGGCAGAUUCCAAAGCCUCCUCAACUGGGCGACUAUCAUGUUGCUUCCAUUACUUGGCUGACUAACACUGUCUGGCUGCUUGUCCAUAACCCUACCAACAGCGAGGGCAAGUCUGCAUAUCACAUCGCCACCAAGCAACAAGACGGGUCCUUCGUUUUCCAGAGCCUGCAGGAUCCUGUUGACCCGUAUGGAGACAAAACCCCUCACCACUCGAUCUUGAGGCUGCGCGAUUUCCCGCCCAAUCUACAAGAUCUGCUCAUUGUCUCAUCGACGGCCGUUGAGAACAUCGGUCUUAUCACCAAGUCAAAGACCCCUCUCACUAGCAGUGCGCCGGCGGAGAAGGUCGCCGGCGUCUUCACUACCACUGAACUUGCCGAUGAUUCCAAACGAGCUCAGGUUCCCAUGGCUGAGGAUUACAGUGAGACCUUCCCCAUUGGCGCUGCCCUGGACCUAUCUGCCAAAGACAAGGUCUACAAGCCUAUUCCUACCGACGAGAUCGACGAGUCUCCGGGCCCUCUCCCCGGACUGUGGGUAUUGAACAACGAAGGUGUGCUAGCCUCUUGGUGGAUCGUCUAUAAUGAGUCUAUCCGGGAAGGGACGACGUAUCCUGGUCUUGCUGCAGUGCAGGACUCUGCAGCAUCACAACCCACGUCUGCUUCUACUCCGGUGGCACCCACAGCAUUCGGCUCGGCGGCAUCUCCUCAGACUGGUGCUUUUGGAGCCAAAGCUGCAGCAUCGCCCUUUGGCUCGGCCCCAUUCGGUACAGGUGCUGGUACCUCGAGCCCUGCCCCCGCCUUCGGCUCAAACUCCUUGGGUAGUGCACCAGCUGCCAGCGGACCAAAAUUCGGAGCUCCGUCCUUUGGAGCGCCAUCCUUUGGUACGCCUUCUAUGGGCGCGAAGCCCGCAGCACCAGCUUUCGGCCAGUCAUCUGUCAUGGGUAUGGGUGGUCAGAAGACAUCCCCAUGGGGAUCUGGCUCGCCUUCAACAGCAACGCCUGCUUUUGGUCAGCCGAGCUUCGGCAGUAGCGGUGCCGCUCCCGCAAACCCUUUUGCAAGUGCUUCAUCGUCCUCUCCUUCGGGCGGCGGCGGCGGUUUCGCUGGCUUUGCGAACAAGGGUGGUUUCGGAUCGUUGGGAUCUUCCACUACCGGAAGUAGUGUAUUUGGCCCCGGUAAGCCUGCGGGCUCGUUUGGCUCCAGCACAUCAAUGGAUGCUCAAACAUCCUUCCCACCGCCCGCAUCCAAGCCCGAUGCGAAGCCUGCUUUCGGCUCAACGCCGUUUGUCCUCGGCACUACCUUCAAGGCAGACAAAGCGUCUGCUGAAGACAACGAACCGCAAAAGCCCAGCGGCGGAUCCAUGUUCGGCUCCGGAUUCCUUUCUCUGGGAGAGACGGCCAAAACUCCUGAUGCUGUCGAGUCCAAGGACGAAGACAUGGAUGCCACGACCCCAGUCGCCACAGAGCCGUCAAAGCCAAAAUCCAUCUUUGAGUCUACUACCCCUACAACUACUCCAGCACCGUCGAAAUUCUUUGGCGGCGCGACAACUACAACCUCACAGGCCUCCUCUGGCGGCAUAUUUGGCAACCAGUCGAAGCCACAAGGAUCCGGAAGCAUCUUUGGCACCCAAACCAAGCCAUCAGCUUCUGGUAGUAUCUUUGGUCAGCCCAAGCAGAAUCCUUUCGCUAGCACCGCCAGCAUCUUCGGCAGUCCCAAACCGGCCGAGUCCGAGCAAUCGUCCUCGGCUACUGAGACGCCGAAGAUCAAAGUGGAGGAAUCCAGCCAAGAGCCGCUUCCGCCAGACACUACCAGCAAGGCGACUUAUCCUCUUGGAGAGUCUUCUUCAUCGUCCGCGGCUUCUGGUAUUUCCCCGAACGUUUUUGCCAAGACACCCGUCAAGGCUGUUGCCGAGCCACCAUUGCCCCCCGACCCAACCCCUGUCCAGCGCAAGGCCCCUGAGGCUCCUGUCCCUGCCAACAAACCCUUACCGUCCGUCGAAGAUGUUCCCUUGCCAGCUGAUUCAGCACCCAAGGCGACUACGUCCAAGCCCGAGCCUGCCAGAUUCCCUCCCGAUUUCACAUCAAAACCCUUGGCCAAGACUGGACCCGAGAGCGUGCCGAUCAACCCCUUUUUCGCCGCAGCCAAUGCUGACGCAGAGCAGAUCCCCAGUAGUCCUGAGGAAGAGCUUUCCGAGGAGGGAGAGGUGGACGAGGAUGACGAAGAGCAAAGCUUUGACGAGGAGGAGGAGGAAGAGGUCUCAGAAGGUGACGAAGAAGAGGGUGAAGAAGAGGGCGGUGAGUCGGAGGCCGGCACAGAAGGCAGCGGAGUGGACGUGGCUCAGGAUCUAAGCCCUACGACAACCACCGACUUCGGUACAACCCCAGGCUUUACACCUCAGAGCUCUUUCGCCGGCGUGAGCGGCAGUCUUUUCUCGAAUGCCUCUCAAGCAAACAAGCCACAAAGCAAUCGUCUCUUCGGCGAAGUCUCGCAGAACGCACCUGUCUUCCAGCCGCCGGUGACUAGUCCUAGAUCGCCUAGCCCCGUGCGAGCUCCGGGACAGUUUGCAGGCAGGCUCAGUGCUCGAUUGCCAGAGGCCUCGCGCUCGGUUAGUGCACCGCACAUGGCGUCGAAUAUCUUGGGGGCCAGACCAGCGCCAUCAGCUAGUGUGUCGAGGCUGGGCCGCGCAACACCUGUAGAGGAUGUCAACGUGCAAGAGCAACGAAGAAUCCAGAAGAAGCAGACUGAGGAGGCCCGGAACCUUAUCGACGACGACUACGAGCUUCUGGAAGAUGAACUUGCGCAGCCGAUCGAGCCGACCUUGCAGCUGGCCGAGUUCGUAUAUAAGCUGGGCGAUACGCCACAGUCCGGACCUUCAAUUGCCGAUCAGGCCGAGGCCGUGUACCGGGAUGUCAACCGGAUGAUUCAGUGUCUGGCUGUCAACGCUCGUCACUUGAAAGAGUUCAUCGCUGCUCACAAUGGACAAGUUGAAGACCACAAGAGCCCCAAGGAUGUCAAUGAUCUUGAGAGCGAGGAGGGCUGGAUCUUGUGCGACAUUGCAGACUGCCAGGAUAUCAUCGACAAACAGCUCACCAAGCAGCUCGAGGACGCCCGCGUCAAGGAUGUCGACGACAUGCUCGACUCGUGCCAGGAGCUAGCCAAAGAGCUGGCGCGCCUGCGAGUCAAAGAGAACGACGUUAAGAAGGUCGUGACAGCUCGGGCGGACCCUUCACUGCUCGCGGCGACGCGCUCGCAGCCCCUCAGCGCCGAGCAGGCCGCGCAGCAGAACGACCUGCGGCGCGGCUUCACCGCCUUCGCGAAGCUGCUCGCCGAGGCCGAGCAGUCCCUCACCAUGCUCAAGACCAAGAUCGUCGCGGCGGGCGGAGGCAAGACGGGAGCCGCGGCGCCGACGGUCGACGCCGUCAUGCGCACCAUCACCAAGAUGACGUCGAUGGUGGAGAAGCGCAGCGGCGACAUCGACGUGCUCGAGGCGCAGAUGCGCAAGCUCGGCCUGCACGGCGGCAGCCGCGAGGGCACGCCGCUGAGCACGCCGCAGAAGCGGGCGUCGGUCUUCUCGCCGGCGCUGACGUCGUCGGUCGGCUCUGUCGGCGGUGGUGGCAGGGCGGGCACGCCCUCGCGCAAGAAGGUCACCAUGUACAACGAGGAGGAGAAGCGCGCGAUCCGGGAGAAGUUUGCCAAGCGCGACGGCGUCAAGAACCGGCUGCGGGCGGCGCUGCAGCAGGCUGGACCCAACGUGUGGACUAUGGACGAUGAGUGA